CAGUGGCUUCCUAUGGCCUGGUUUGAAUGUCCCUCUUAUGAGAGAUGGAGCCAUGCAGACCAUUGCCCAGAGAAGCAAGGAGGAGCAGGAGAAGGUGAAGGCUGACAUGCUCCAGCAGAGGGAAGAGUGGGACCAGAAGAGGAAGACGAAGAUUAAGCGCAAGCAAGGCUGGAGUGGAAACACAUGGGGAAGAGUCAGUCUUGGCCCCCCUGACCCUGGUCCCAAUGGAGAAACCUAUGAUGAUUUUGACACCAGGAUACUUGAGGUCAGAAAUGUUUUCAACAUGACAGCAAAAGAAGGAAGAAAGAGAUCUGUCCGUGUCCUGGUCGCCGUGGGGAACGGCAAAGGAGCCGCAGGGUUUGCCAUUGGGAAAGCCACUGAACGGAUGGAUGCUUUCAGAAAAGCAAAGAACAGAGCAGUUCACUAUUUGCAUUAUAUAGAACGGUAUGAAGACCAUACAAUAUUCCAUGAUAUCUCUUUAACGUUUAAAAGGACACAUAUCAAGAUGAAGAAACAACCCAGAGGCUAUGGCCUGCGAUGUCACCGGGCCAUCAUCACCAUUUGCCGUCUCAUCGGCAUCAGAGACAUGUACGCUAAGGUGUCCGGGUCCCUGAACAUGCUUAACCUCACCCGUGGCCUAUUCCACGGGCUGGCUCACCAGGAAACCCACCAGCAGCUGGCUGAUAAGAAGCGUCUCCAUGUUGUGGAGUUCCGAGAUGAGUGUGGCCCUCUGCCCAUCAUGGCUGCCUCACCCCAGGGGGCCCUGAGGAAGGAGCCGGAGCCGGAGGAAGAUGUUCCAGACAUCAGACUGGACUGGGAGGAGGUGAAGGCCACCCAGGGAAUGAAGCGCUCCGUGUGGUCAGGUUUAAAGAGAGCCGCUGCCUGACCUUCCCACGGCCUCGUCUACACGCUGUCUACGGGUUCAGCCCCGGAAGGGACUCUGCCCUCGUGCGUUGAGAUGGCAUGAGGUUUUUCCUUUUUUUAAAGGAAAAACCAACCUUAAUUUUACUUAAAAGUAAUAAAUGAGUAUAGUGCUAACUUA